AUGAAGUUAACUUUAUCCGCAUUGCUAGUUGGACUGUGCUUGGCAGCUGUUGCCCAAGCGGGUACAAUCCUUGGACCUGAACCUUUCGAGUAUGUCGGAGAGGAUUUUGCUUCGGGUAUUGUUGAUCCCGAGACUGAAGGACUAUUCUAUGGCAUGUAUUGGAUUCUAAAGGGUUCUCUAAAAACGGUUCUUGGCAUGAGGUGCACCGUAAAGGAAGUUGGCAACGUUGUAAAUGCCUCCAAUACAUUCCUAACCAAGACCGAGACAUGUGGCGGUGAUGUUUCAGCGCAAGUCAAGGCUCUUAUUGGUACGGUCAAUAAGAUUGUGAGCACAUCUAAGGGCUUCAGCACCAUCAACACCACAUAUUGUUUGAAAGAAAGUGAUAACCAUUCUGGUUGGAAGUGCUUCUGGAAAAUGCUGGCUUCCUCGAUAACUCUUACCAACGAACUCAAAAAUGCCGUUAGCCAGAUUGUGAAAUUGCCAACAACGGGUGCUGGAACCAGCACUUGUCUCAAUUCCGCUGUCUUCGAGCUGAGCUUCUAUUAUACCCAGUUCCCGGCCCAAGUCAAGGCUUGCAAAUCCAUCAAGUCUUAG